ACCAAAAUUUCAUCUGACAACACUGGUCGCGAAUCGAAUUAAAAUCAAUUAAAUCCAAUAAAAGCCUAUAAACGAGAUACUGCCAGAGCACUUGACACCCUCUGAGUCUUCCCGAUAAAGGCGCAGAUAAGAUAAGCCCGUCAAACUCUCCCUCCCCCCGCAACAGGUGUCACACAGCCGGCAGAAUGUGGCGACAGCUCAACGGCGCCGCACUGAAGGGAACUAGCCUCAGCAACUUGGGUAGGAUGCGCGGCUUUUCGGCUCUUCUCCAGGACAAGGCCCUUGUGAACGGCGACUGGGUCGGCUCCAGCGAUGCGAGCACAUUUGAAGUCCGUAAUCCGGCGAGCGGAGAGGUGAUCGGAAAGGUCCCAAACAUGACCGUGGCGGAUGCCCAAAAGGCGAUCAAUGCUGCCAAGCAGGCCUACGAAUCCAAGGAGUGGCGAUCCCUGACCGCCAAGGAUCGCUCCAACCUGCUCAAAAAGUGGCACAAACUGAUCGAGCAGAACUCGCAGGAGAUAGCCGAGAUAAUGACGGCGGAGUCGGGCAAGCCCAUCAACGAGUCCAAAGGAGAGGUGGCCUACGGCAAUGCUUUUGUGGAAUGGUUCGCGGAGGAGGCGCGUCGCAUCUAUGGCGAGAUUGUUCCCAGUGCAUCGCCCAAUCGCGAGAUAAUAGUCAUGAAGCAGCCCAUCGGAGUGGCGGCCUUGAUCACGCCCUGGAACUUCCCGAUGGCCAUGAUCACGCGGAAGGCAGGAGCCGCUCUAGCCGCUGGUUGCACGGUGGUGGUGAAGCCCUCCGAGGACACACCGCUCACGGCGCUGGCGGUGGCAAAGCUGGCCGAGGAUGCCGGCAUCCCGAAGGGCGUGAUCAAUGUGGUGACCACCAACAAGGCGGCCCCCAUUGGCGAUCUCUUCUGCAAGAGUCCAGAUGUCAGGGGCAUCUCGUUCACCGGUUCCACAGAAGUGGGCAAGCUGCUGUUCCGCAACUCUGCCGAUGGCAUCAAGAGGAUAUGCCUGGAGCUGGGCGGCAACGCUCCGUUCAUUGUCUUCGACUCGGCCAAUGUGGAGAAGGCGGUGGAUGGGGCCAUGGCCUCCAAGUUCCGGAACUGCGGCCAGACCUGUGUCUCCGCCAACAGAUUCUUCGUCCAGGACGGUGUCUACGAGCAGUUCGUGGGGCAGCUGAAGAAGCGCGUGGAGGCCCUGAAGAUCGGCGAUGGCCAGGGGUGCGAAGUCCAGAUAGGACCGCUUAUCAAUGAAAUGCAGUUCAAAAAGGUCAGCGGUUUUGUGGAAGAUGCAAGGUCCAAGAAGGCGAACAUCAUCCAGGGAGGAAAGCCCCUGAGCGACAUUGGCCCCCUCUUCUAUGCACCGACUAUAGUCACCGACGUGCCGCCCACGGCUCAGCUGUACACGGAGGAGGUCUUCGGCCCGGUUGUCUCCAUCAUCCGAUUCCGCGACGAAGAGGAGGCGGUGGCGAAGGCCAACGACACCAGGAGAGGCCUGGCCGGCUACUUCUACAGCGAUAAUCUGCAGCAGGUGUUCCGCGUGGCCAAGCGCCUCGAGGUGGGUAUGGUCGGCGUCAACGAGGGCAUCAUAUCCGCGGCAGAGGCACCCUUUGGCGGUGUGAAGGAGUCUGGUGUCGGAAGGGAGGGCUCCAAGCACGGAAUCGACGACUACGUCGACAUCAAGUACAUUUGCAUGGGGAACCUGAAGUACGAUUGAAAUCCGAAGGAGCUUCGGUCACCUCCAUUGCUUUCCACAGCUGCUGUCUUCCACUAGAAUGCCGAAUGCGAUUUGUUGAUUGUUGUAAUUAGUUAAAUAUUUGUAAAACACCGCGCUAAUAAUAUAAAUAAAUGUGCACAAACUAAAAAA